CCCAGAUCAAGAUCCUGACAGCCAAACCCUCCCUGCAGCAACCUCAACAACCCAACCUUUUCCUCCUUCCAUCGGGUCUUGGAGAUACAUAUCGUAUCAAGCAGUGGAAGACUACAGGCAAACACGCGACCAACUCCACGCGGUUGGAGAAACAGUCAGCCAAGAUGGUUGCGCCAGCUGUCCCAGAGCUGACGGAGGAGAUCCUGCACGAAUCUAUUGAUGCGCGAACAGAAGUACUCGCUGCGCUGAGAGAGUUAGGUCCACCGGAUUUGGUUCAAUUGAUCAAGCAAGCCCCUCGGAAUCCAGGAAGACAGAUUGGAGUCUAUCAUCAUGUCACAGGUGUAGAUGCGUCGUCUUCUGCGAGUCUGGCAGCCUACAUCAAUACCCUCACAUACAAAGAGAAUCAUCAGUCGAGUACAAAGAUAGUUGAGGGAAUCUAUUGCUGCUACAAUGCGUUCUCAAGACUCGAUAUGCGCGUACAUGUAACCAUUCCAGGAAGUGUGGACAGCUACUGCAUAGAUGAGCGAGGGGAGAAGAGAGUAGCUUCGGACGAAUUAUGGCUCGAGACAUACCUCUGCAGCGUUCUGAGAGCAUACUCCUACGCAGACGAUGGAAGUGGAGAGACAAUAAGAAAGAUCAUGGGCGUACGGAGAUUCAAUCCAGUUACCAAUACCGAGACGGAACAUAGGUUUCUACAGGCGGCCGAGCAAUUGUUCUUCAGGGGCUGGCAACUUGGAUCGGAUUCUGUCGUCCAAGUACCAAAUAAUGUCUCCAACCAUCUCACGUCUGGCCUCCUCAAAUACUUCCACACCACCGGACGAUUUACAUCUGGAAUCAAUCUCUUCGAGAAGCUGCGAACACGAAAUGUCGAGGUAUCUUCCCUGCUGGCAAAGGUGUUGCUCAUGGGAAAUGAAGAGGUACAAGCAGUAAGAGUCUUGCAUGAUUCAGUCAAACAGUCCCCGAUGGAUUACGUGAUGCUCGAUACACAAGCCGAAUUCCUGAUGCAGAAAGCUCUCAAUCCCAAUGCGCCAGACCUCAAACAAGACAGAUUACGGAUGGCACUUGGUUGCGCGGAUAGAAGUACCGUUGCUGCGCCAAGUGAGUUCGGAACUUGGGCAAGACUGGCAGAGGUAUAUGUUGCGAUGGAAGAUUGGGAGAAUGCCUUGACUACUCUCAACUCCUGUCCGAUGUUCACAUACCAGGACAAGGAUGCGCCAAUCAUGCCUGAGCCGAAGGAAAUCCAUCUUCCAACCCUUCCUGAAACUCGGUUAGAUGAGAUUGACAGCGAGCCAGAAUCCAAGUAUCAAGAGCAAGUCCACCCAAGUUUGUUGAGCUUACGUGCUGCUCAAUACAAGGGAACCUUCAAACAUGCUUAUAGCAUUCUGACCGAGAUGACUGCGAAGAUUGGUUGGGAUCAGUUGUUGAAGAUCCGGAGUAAUGUAUUCGUGAUGGAAGAGGAAUAUCGCAGUGAAAAGCAGCCAGCACAAGGUCCUCCAGUCAAUGGCGAUGAUCAUACCGAUGAUGGAAAGAGUGUGAAUGGAGAGUCGUCUGCCCCAACCUUGGUUGCUGAGAAUGGUGUAAUUGGUGCAUCAGCAGAUAAGGAAGUUGAGAAGCCCUCGCAUACUAUCACUCCCGAGGAGGUGAAAGGUGGAAAUGAAGAUUCCGAGGCAACAGAGGAGCAACUUUCCCGCUUCAACAACAAGCGUCUCUGCGAACGUUGGUUGGACAGUCUCUUCAUGGUCCUCUACGAAGACCUCAGAAUCUACACCAUCUGGCGCACCGAAAUGGCUCAAUACCGAGCUCAACAAAUGCAAUACAAGAAAUCCGCCGAAGAGUGGGAAAUCCUCGGCUCGCUAGCCGACCGUCUCCAUCACCAAACCGAAGCGGUAGAAGCUUACCGAGCCUGUCUCUCGAUCCGCUUCUCGCCCAAAGCUCUCACUGGUAUCCUUGGCGACUUCGAGAAGGAGAAGAACACGAGGGAGACUGUUGCGGCUGUUAUCAGGUUGGUUACUUGGCAGUACAGAUGGUAUUCUGAGUUCAGUCCUGAGUUGCUGUACACUAUCCGUACGUUGAUUGAGGAUGAGGGUGCCGUCAAGGUCAGGAGUAUCAUUCAGGCCACUAGUCUACCGCAGAAUGUCCUGGAUCUAACGCAUCACUACGCCGCGCUAUGUGCAGCUUUCAGAAGUAGUGGAACAGAGGGUUAGUUGCAUUGGGGAGAAAGGAUACACCUGGCCAGCGAGUAUUGAGGCGAUACCACGAGCGGUUAUUGGGGAUUUGCGAGGUGACUUUGGGAGAGUGUGUACAUCUGAGGUAAUGACGAGAUUUUAUGUACCAAUACAGAAGUAGCUUUGCCCAAAGAUUCCCUGAGUUCUGUACACC